AUGGGGGAGAGCGCGCUGGAGCCGGGCUCGGCGCCCCGCGCGCCGGCGGAGGGCCCGGUGCACGCGGUGACCGUGGUGACGCUGCUGGAGAAGCUGGCGGCCAUGCUGGAGGCGCUGCGGGAGCGGCAGGGGGGCCUGGCGCAGAGGCAGGGCGGCCUGGCCGGCUCGGUGAGUCGCAUCCAGAGCGGCCUGGGCGCGCUCAGCCGCAGCCACGACGCCACGAGCCACACGCUGGCGCAGCUGCUGGCCAAGGCGGAGCGCGUGGGCUCGCACGCCGAUGCCGCCCAGGAGCGCGCCGUGCACCGCGCCGCCCAGGUGCAGCGGCUGGAGGCCAACCACGGGCUGCUGGUGGCGCGCGGGAAGCUCCACGUCCUGCUCUUCAAGGAGGAGGCCGAGAUCCCACCCAGAGCCUUCCAGAAGGCGCCGGAGCCCCUAGGCCCGCUGGAGCAGCCUGAGCCCACCGCGGAGCAGCUGGAGGCUGAGGCUGGGGAGAGCUCGGAUGAGGAGCCUGUGGAGUCCCGGGCGCGGCGGCUGCGGCGCACGGGUCUGGAGAAGGUACAGAGCCUGCGAAGGGCCCUUUCGGGCAGGAAAGCCCCAGCGGCGCCCACGCCGGCCAAGCCUCCCCGCCUCGGGCCCGGCGGUGGACGGAUCGAGAAUGGCCAACAACCCGAAGAAGAAGCCCUGCCCGCGCUGGAGUCCAAGCUGGAGCCAGAACCUCCUACACAGGACGCCGAGCAAGAUCCCGGGAGGCCUGGGGCUGCCCAGCUGGCUGUGCUCCAAAUAGAGAGUGCGGCCUGA